AUGUUCGGUCGCAUCGGAGGCCAGGCGCUGCGCUGCGCUGCUCGGCCGAUUGUGCGUCGCCAGAUUCCUGCGCGUGUGUAUAUCUGUGAUAAUACGACAAAGCUCUGUACUGACGCUGCGAAGCAUAAAAUCCGCAACGCCAAGCGGCGCGUCUACCUCUCCACGCUGUAUAUCGGAAAGACAGAACACGAGCUGAUCGAGACCCUUUCGGAAGCUCUGCGCACCAACCCAGACCUCAAAGUCUCCAUUCUGACUGACGCUCUUCGCGGUACCCGGGAAACGCCCAAUCCUUCAAGCGCAUCCCUGCUCUGUUCAUUGGUAGAGGAAUAUGGACCGGAACGAGUCGAGAUUCGGAUGUUCCAUACUCCUAAUCUUACGGGACUAAGGAAAAAGCAUAUCCCUCGCCGAAUUAAUGAAGGCUGGGGAUUGCAGCACAUGAAACUCUACGGUAUCGACGAUGAGAUUAUCCUCUCUGGAGCCAACUUGUCCUCGGACUACUUUACCAACCGUUUAGAUCGCUACCAUUUGUUCGAUUCCAAAGCUUUAACAGAGUACUACGCUCGUAUUCACCACGCUAUCUGCAGCAUUAGCUUCCAAGUCCUGCCAGAUUCCGACAGCAAGGCGGGCUAUCUCUUAGACUGGCCUACUUCCAAUAAGGCUCCAUCGCCUCUCGACGGUCCCGAAGACUUCAUCGCAUGUUCAUCGACUUUUUUGGGCCCGCUCAUCCAAGCCCGUGAUAACAAGCCUGUCAUUCCAUCCGAGUCAAGCCAAACUUUUGUAUACCCCGUUGCACAGUUCACCCCUCUCCUAAAACCCGACACCUCCACCGAAUUCCCUGCUGUCACCGGCAUUCUGCGUCUCCUGUCCGAGUCUCCUGCAUUUGCAGGAGCGCGCUGGCUUUUCACUGCAGGAUACUUUAACAUUCAUCCUGUUCUUUCUUCCUUCUUGAUCGCCAGCACAUCCUCCACCCCUCAAAACCCAACCACAACCCAGGGCACAGUGUUGACCGCUUCUCCCUGGGCGAAUGGCUUUUAUGGAUCUCCGGGUGUUUCCGGUAUGCUUCCAGCUGCGUACACGCAUCUUUCUGCGCGGUUCUUAGACCGCGUUGCUGAGGCGCAGUGCACAAACUCCAUUCAGCUGAAAGAAUGGCGCCGCGGUACAGUCGGCACACCAGAUGGGUGGACGUACCACGCCAAAGGCUUAUGGAUCACCCUUCCCCAGGAGAAACAUCCCAGCCUGACCUUCGUCGGUAGCAGCAACUACACCAAGCGAAGCUAUAGUCUCGAUAUCGAGAUAGGCGCGCUAGUUGUGACGAGCGACCAAACUUUGAAGGAAAAGCUUGGUGCUGAGACCGAGUGGCUUCAAAAGGACGCCAAGGCUAUCUCGAGGGAAGAUCUCAUGCGCACUGAACGACGCGUCGGCUGGAAUGUACGCCUUGCAAUGUGGAUUGUUGAGAAGGUUGGCGGGGCACUUUGA